GUUCUUUAGAUCAUUUUUGUUUAUUCUUGAGUACAUUUUCAUGUCAUGUGAUUUGCAUAUUAAAACGAAAGUAAGGUACACAAAACCAAAAGGCAUCAUUAACAACAUAGCUUCUGUUGCAUAAUUUACUCACAGCAAUGUCACAUGACUUAGAAUUAAUAGAAAAGGAUGCAAACAAUAAUGAUAAGAAUGAAACUAAUAGGAACGCUGAAGCUGAUGACCAAGAGCAACUCAUCGAUUGCUCAGAAUCUGAAAGUUCUGACACAUAUAAAAAGAAGAAAUUCAACUUUGGAAGAGCGAAAGCAAUUGUAAUAGGCAUUGCAAUUAUCGUAGUGAUGCUUCUUGUUACAACAGUACCUCUGAUCAUAAAAGGUACAGGCAAAGACAGACAACUUUCCCAACAUGGACAAAUCAAUGUUGCAAAUGAUGAUAAUGAAGAACAAAAAGUGACUACAGAAAAUACUUUGGAUUAUGUGCCAACAAUUCAUAGAAACCUGGAACAUAAAAAUAUAAGCUACACAUCAAACGGAACAAAGGCUGACAUGUGUAAAAUUCAUUCACAUAUCUUACCUAACACAUGUAAACUUUGGGCCAAUUGAUUCAAUUCAAAAAUAGAAAGUUUUUGUAGACCUGUACAAGAGUGAACAUUAUAUGCUAUGCAACCAUGUGUGCUGGUCAUACUAUCAUCUAAAGCUAAAAAGAAAUAGUUUAGCUAGACACAAAGCAAAAUGAAACCGAUUUGAUAUAUAAAAAUAUCAGAAUAUCACAUAAUCUACUUAACUGUCUACUAAUGUUGAAUAUAUAUCAUGUAAAUCAGGCAUACAUGUAAUUACAAUGCUUACAUAUCUUAUCAAAUACAUGUACUGUAUGUCAUAUAGUAAUACUUUAUAUAAAUAAAUCAUUCUUGUCAUUUCAGUUUCUUUUUUUAACUUACGAAUAUAUGUUUUGUAUGGAUGCCAUUUAC